AUGAAGGUUGGCAUCAUAAUGCCUUGUAAGCCUUCCCGCUUUUUGGCUAUGAUCAAUUCACCUCAACUCGUUGUCCUGGCACCCCGGUACUGGGCUCCUACCAACGCUUUUGGGCUUCACACUGUUGCAUUGUCGCGGCUGCUUGUGUCGGGUAAAUUUGCAAACGCGAGUUUGCAAGACCUUCGGAACUGGGCCGGCAGUGGCGCUCGUCGAUGGUCGGGAGACUCAAGACAGUCAAGAACCGAAGCCCACCACAAUGUGAACGCCAAGGACUGA